CAUCACGGCUCCCGGGAGUCAGCUCCAAAUCUGUUCUACGAGUGGUCCUUGCAGAGCAGUAUCCUCCCCGCUUUGUCAUUUCACUCUUGUUUACCGUUACGGACACCUAAGGACCAUUACUCUGCAAAAUGGAGGAGGAGCCAGGAACAAACCAUAACCCGGAAGCAGUCGCCUGGAACUGAUCAUGCUUGCUGUAUCUUGAGCUGAAAUGCUGUGGGGCACAGAAGGCUCAGUUAUCAGUAAGAAACGAGAACGUCAUUUUUCUUCUUUUACUUAGGUUUGGCUAAAAGAGAAGCAUCCUUGAGAAGUGAUCCCAGGGUUGAGAAUGAGAAUCACUGAUCUUGGAACAGACAGGCUGUUAUAAUACAAACUCUGCCUCUAUCCACUGCUGAGAUGAGUCGUCACCUGUGUAUCUGGCUUUUUCGGAACCCAUUUCUCAGUGCGUGCCCCCAGAGACAUGUCUUCCUCUCUUGUCAGUGGUUCCGACAGAUAAACCUUGAUACGAGGCUGUGGAAUUUUAGACCAAAGACUCCCGUUCUCUAUCAGCUCUUAAACAAGAGUUGGUCCAGGGGCUGCUGUCAUCAAGACACAAGGAAGCGUUGGAAACACAAAGCCCUACAGAAGUAUAUGGAAGACCUGACUAAAGAGUACCAAACCCUUGACCAGUGUCUGCAGGGUGUCUCUGAGAAUGGAGGAGACCGAAGGGCCUUACACAGAAGGCAUGCCCAAUUGGCACCACUUGUGGUUGUUUAUCAAGAAAUUCAAGAGGCCGAACAAGCCAUUGAAGAAUUAGAGUCGUUGUGUAAAAGUCUAAAUAAACAAGACGAAAAGCAGUUGCAAGAACUUGUGUCCGAAGAAAGGCAAAUCAUUGAUCAGAAGAUCCACAGACUGUAUAGUGAGCUUUUGGAGCGUUUAGUGCCUAAGGAGAAGUGUGAUCGGAGUGACGUUAUUCUAGAAGUGACAUCUGGAAGAACUACUGGAGGUGACAUCUGCCAACAGUUUACCCGGGAAAUAUUUGAUAUGUACCAGAAUUAUUCAUACUAUAAACACUGGCAAUUUGAGCUGCUGAAUUAUACACCAGCAGAUUAUGGUGGACUACAUCAUGCAGCUGCCCGAAUUUCUGGUGACAGUGUCUAUAAGCAUUUGAAGUAUGAAGGUGGAAUCCAUCGAGUUCAGCGCAUCCCAGAGGUGGGCCUGUCAUCACGGAUGCAGCGUAUUCACACGGGAACAAUGUCAGUGAUUGUCCUUCCACAGCCAGAUGAGGUAGAUGUGAAAGUGGAUCCCAAGGAUCUGCGAGUAGACACAUUCCGAGCCAAAGGAGCAGGGGGGCAGCAUGUUAACACCACAGACAGUGCCGUGAGGCUUGUCCACGUCCCCACGGGACUGGUAGUAGAGUGCCAGCAAGAACGAUCACAGCUGAAAAAUAAAGAAAUAGCUUUGCGUGUGUUGCGAGCCAGACUCUACCAACAGAUAAUCGAGAAAGACAGGUGUCAGCAGCAGAAUGCUAGAAAACUGCAGGUGGGAACAAGAGCCCAGUCGGAGAGAAUUCGGACAUAUAAUUUCACCCAGGAUAGAGUCACUGACCACAGGAUAGCGUACGAAGUUCGUGACAUUAAGGAAUUUUUACGUGGGGAGAAGUGCCUGGAUCAGCUAAUUGAAAGAUUGCUUCAAUCAGCAGAUGAAGAGGCCAUUUCCGAAUUUUUGGAUGAAAGCCUUCAAUCAGUGAAAUAAAUGUGAAAUAAUUAUUUGUUAUAUAAAUGAAGUGGACUUUGAUCAAGAAAAAAAACAGGUGUGGAAAUCUUAAUAAAUAUUCAUAAAGUA